AUGAUAGGUUAUCCAAUCGUAUUCCGAUGCUGUGAGUGCACCGUCGAAGAACGUAAGUGUGUUCGUUUAUUGAUUGAUGCAAACCGGUUUUCAAUCGUUCAGAAACAAUGGAACACCUCGAAAAACACAUUUGGAGCCGACAUCUUCAAGCUUUUCCGUUUAAAUGUGCUCAUUGUGAUUACCCUGCCAUCAAUUCAAAUAGUCUGCUCGAGCAUUUUCAGCAGGAUCAUGCAGAUGUGAUUGUACGUUGGUUAGAGCACCGAAAAGGAUUUAAUACUUUCAUUCACUUAAGGAUAUUGCUUUCAAGCGAAAUUUGGAAGACGAGAAGAAGUUUCGCAAAAUGAUUGCCGAAUCGAUUGCGUUUGAAAUCGACGAAAGUGUACCAACCCAUGAGAAUCCGCAAAUAGCCGUCAUCGAGGCGAUUCCUCAAGUGACACGUCAGAUAAUGAUCUUACCCCCGACCAGUAAUGAAUACGAGGUUCGUUGUUUAUUUCAAAUGCCUAUAACCAUUCUGAAUUCAGGGAAUGGUCGAGCAUCGACAUUCAGAUGAGGAAGACUUUGGCGUGCUCGAAGAUGAUGACAAUGUAGAAGGUCUGAACGAGAUGACAGAUAUCAAGAGCAACGUCCAGAAAUUGCAGAAAUAACCGACGAAGAAGAAGAUGAGGAAAGUUACAUGGACUCUCUUGGAAACCCCGUGUUCAUUGGAGCCCACGAUGACCCGGAUUACAUUCUAGAAGACGACUUGGAGCCUCCGACACAAGUUCGUCCUCCAACUAGCUAUGUAAGUUCUCGACUGUAACGAUAUUUCAGUAAACGCUUUUGCUUCAGCAUAUGAAAUAUUUACGAACUCGAAGAAUGGACAAACUGAUAGAAAAUGUCGUGAUGAGUUCGUCACGAAGGAGGUCUCCAGAUUCGGUACGCUUUCGACAAGUCAUCUGUUCUUUAUUAGGUUGUUCAGAGUAAAAAUCAAAUAAAUGAUCUUAUAAACGAUGAUGCGGAGAGUCGGACUAUAGGAAGAUUUAGUUGUAAUCAGUGCUCGAGAACCUUCAAGGUUUGUCUCUCGGUCCUCUUUCUAUGUAACCCCAUAAUUUCAGUUUCACUCGAAGCUCAAAGAACAUCUUCGUACCCACGUUGGCGCCCGUCCGUUCGCUUGCCAGUACUGUGAUCGAGAGUUCACUCAGAAGGGCGCCAUGAAGACGCACGAACGAUUGCACACGGGAGAGAGGCCGUACGUCUGUCAAUGGGAGUGCGGAAGACAGUUCGCGUCAGCUUCUGCACGACGACAACACGAGAAGACGCACAGUGGUGAGCGUCCUUACAUCUGUAGCGUUUGUGGAAAGUGUUUCACGAAGAAUUCGCAUGUUCUCCGACAUUUGAAGGUGAGAACAGGAAGUGUGAUGUUGACAUUCAUCAAUUCCUUGCAGAACAUCCACUCCAGAGAGAUGAUGACUCACGCGGUAAUUCUACCAGGAAACGAGCAAUCCGACGCCGCCAUACCCCUGGUAGGAUCUGCUCUCAGAACUCAUUUAAAACAUUUUUUCGUUUUUCAGCCUUGCGCUCCAGAUAUUACACCGCGAGGACAAGAGUCGAAAAUCGUCGAAUCCAUUGUCGGUGAGUCCCAAUUGAAAAAAAAAGAGAGCAAGCCGCGCAAUCACACGAUUUCUUAUUUUCUCGUGAAAAAAACAAAUGGAAACCGUGGGAAAGCAAACCAAUAAUCAGUGAUUUAUUAUCGAUACUUUGGCAUAAAAAGUUAUGGGAUCAGAUUACUUUUCCAAUGUGUACAAAACCGAGUAAUUAUCAUUUUGCUUCCGUUUUCUAGGAUUAGUGGGAGACGACCUUAGAAUGCCAAACAAAAUUGUUUUUCAGAACAAAUCCACGAAGAAGUGACGGAGAAAAAAAAUUUUGUGUGA